UGUGUUCAGAGAGUCAAGCUUAGCCUGCUCAUAAACUUCAGUUCCUGGGCGGACCCCACACACGCACAGCUGGAUUUGAAACAGCUGGAUCUGCCUCCCCUUCAAUUUUAGGCAGGAGCCCCACAAGCUUUGGAUGGGCUGGCGGAGGAUGAACCGAUCAACGCUGUGAAGCAGGGAUUCAGUUGCUGGCAAGAUCCAGAAAAUGGGUUACUGGAGGAGCCUCACUCUGAGUCUGCUACUGCUGCUGUUGCUCCCACAUGAUGGCCAAGGAGGGCGGAAUGUGAAGAGCAAUUUAUGUAAGUGGUGUAAUAACACGUACCCAGUCUGUAAAGAUCAGGAGUGCUACAGCAACUGUGAUCUGAGCUCCUAUUGUGAAAAGUCAGAGGAAAUCUGUGUGUCUAUAUGGAAACAAGACAACGAGAGCAUUAGAGUGAGCACUCUUUGUCACAAUCCGCAGCUUCCCGUGGAAAAUGUCAUGGUUCCCAAGUAUAACACAUCCCAGUGUGUUAUGGUCCGUCAGCACAAUGAGGAGGGGAUAUUUUACAUCUGUGGCUGUGUGAAUGAACAGGAAUGCAAUGACAAACUCAUUUUUGAAAAGCACACCAAUGGAUACUCCAUGCUACAAAGCAAAGAAAUAAUUCCUGUGGCAGCCAUCAGCCUGUUGCCCCCACUGCUAGUUGCCAUCAUGAUAACGGUGACGUUCUAUCUCUGCCGAACCCACAAGCAGAGGAGGAGAGCCAAGGAAUGGCCCCAGAAACAAGUCCAGCACCACCCACUGCCUGAACCCAGCAGAGCCACUAGCUACGACGAGAUACUAUCUGUCAAGAUCGACCACCGUGUCGCCUUGAGCACUGCCUGCGCCAACAACAUCAACCACAACACUGAACUGUUGCCUAUUGAGCUAGAUGAGCGAGUUGGGAAAGGGCAGUUUGCAGAAGUCUGGAGAGCAAAGCUGAAACAUGCCUCUUCGGGACAGUACGAGACGGUGGCAGUGAAGAUUUUCCCCUGUGAGGACUAUGCUUCCUGGAAAAACGAAAGCCAGAUCUUCAGUGAUGCCAACCUCAAGCAUGACAGCAUCCUUCAGUUCCUCACAGCAGAGGAGAGGCACUCUGGGCUCCAGAAAGAAUACUGGCUCAUCACGGCCUACCACAACCAGGGAAACCUCAAGGAUUAUUUGUCCAGGAAUGUUCUGAGCUGGAGGGACUUGCAGAAGAUGGCAGGCUCCCUAGUGAGUGGUGUGGCUCACUUGCACAGUGACUACACUGCCUGUGGCAGUCCAAAGAUCCCCAUCGCCCACCGGGACAUCAAAAGCACCAACAUCCUCAUUAAGAACGAACAGGAAUGUGUGCUCUGCGAUUUUGGGAUUGCGCUGAGGCUGGAUCCAGCCUUAAGUGUGGAAGAUUUUGCAAACAGCGGACAGGUGGGCACUGCCAGAUAUAUGGCUCCUGAAGUUUUGGAAUCUCGAGUGAAUCUUGAAGAUCUGGAGUCCUUCAAACAAAUGGAUGUUUAUUCCAUGGCUCUGGUUUUAUGGGAGAUUGCCUCCAGGUGUGACGCCAUAGGAGAGGUGAAGAACUAUGAGCUACCUUUUGGAUCAAAGGUCCGGGAGCAACCCUGCAUGGAGGUUAUGAGAGAUGUUGUAUUGCAUGGUCGAGGGCGUCCAGAGAUACCUGGCAAUUGGCUGGUGCAUCAGGGAAUGCAUUUCCUGUGUGACACCAUCACAGAAUGCUGGGACCAUGAUCCUGAAGCCAGACUCACGGCUCACUGCGUGGCAGAGCGGUUCAACCUGAUGGUGCAGACUGAUUGCGAUGACAUCCUCAACAACAACAACAACAGCAGCAGCAGCCAUGGCAGCAGCCUUGGUGAUGAGGCAAGCAAAAUGGGUUGCCCAAUAGAUGAGAAUCAAGGGAGUGACAGGAAUAUCCAAUGACUGGAGAAAGAAAUAAAAGCUGGACAGAAGCACCAAUGGGCAUGCCACUCAGAAAAAUAUAUAUAUACCUCCCCCAAACCCCAUUUAGUUCUCUGAAUGAAUAAAACGUAUUUAUAAGCCCUUUAAAUUUACUAGGCAAAAAGGCAGAGUCACUGUACUAUGUUCAGCAUGCAAUAUAAAUCAUUUUAUACUUAUUUUAAAUGUAUAACACAAAAAAUCUUUAUUUUUAAAAAGAUUCACAAUAGGCAUUUUAAAAAACCCACUCAAUGUUCUUUCUUUAAGAGGGGGUAAGGCAGAGUCUUGACCCUAGCCUGUUAUUAGAUCACACAAGAAAUUGCUGGAACCAUUAGGUGUUAAUCAGAGAACUCCAUUCGCUUGCUUUAAAAAAUAAAUAAAUAAAUUUUUCUAUUAACACAGGCUUCCAAAGUUUUGAAAAAUUUGUUACAUCUUUCAAAGACUUUAAGAAACCCAAUAUUGAUACAAUGUUGACUCCUAAAGUUAAGGUUUGACACCUAAUUUCCACUAUUGUCAUCUCAGCCAAAACCCACAUUUUGUCUUAGCGGCUUAUUUGUUCUUUAAGCUGUUCUUUCACUUUAAUAGAACAUCUAUUAAAUUAGAACUCCAAAGGAACACAGUGUGGGCUUCCAAGUAAGAGCCAGGGCUUUUCAGCAUCCCACCCUUUCCACAGGAGAACUGCAUGCCACCUGAAAAGCCACUUGCGAAAGUCACUGCUCUCUUUGGACAAAACAAGGUGUUGGCUACUGGAUGAGGAAGAUCUCUGCACAGGCAUGGGGCUCUCUGGAUUUUGGACUAAGAUUGCAACUGUAAGCAUACUGCGGAAACCAACAGGAGAUACUUGAAAUAUAUAUAUUUAUGUUUUACAGUGAAAGACAAUGGCUUGUGUGGAAACCUGACAUUCUGUAGCAGCUAUUGGCAGAUUUCUAUUUCUUUUGUAUCGGCUGAUUUCCAUGAAAACUAUACAAGUUCAUGGAAGCAUAUAGCUUGCCUACAAUGCCAUCUCAUCUUACUCACAAAAGCUGUGGAAGCUCUCUGUGAAGAGAAAUCUGGAUGCUACAGAAGUGGCAUUUGUGUCAUGUGCGUGUUUAAAUAGACCAGAGCAGUGUGGGACAGGAGAGAGAGCAGAGAUAUUCUUAAAAGCCCACAAAUUCUGAGCUGGAAAAUCCUAUUCCACAAUUUGGAGCUGAAUAUGCUGUCAACAUUGAGCACCACAUUGCUAUGAACACAGACAAAAAAACCCCAAACAGUUCCGUUUGGUAGCUUUAUUUCCUUCCCUCCCCAUUUCUCACACAUGGAAUUGUACACUAGUCGCAUUAAGAUUUCAGUGCAUUUCACAGCAAAAAAAAAGUACAAGGGAAUCUUAACACAUGUGCAUAACCCCUCCCCAAUUCCCCCAAACACUUUUCAGACUUUGUGGAAAAUGAGGGUGAUUACUUAACCACCCUUGGGUGCAUUCGGAUAACCUUUCCCCUUAAUAUGGAAGAAAAAACUAAACACACUUGACCAGCACACACACAGUUUGAAGGUUUUCAUGAUGGCAGGGAGAGGCCCCACUGUUGACACAAACCAGAAGAUGACAGAUAAUGGUAUAUACACUGAUUGGAAGACUACAUCAGAAGAAACAGAGUAAGGCACCACUCUUAGAAAAAUUAAGGUAGCUUGUAUUAACAAGAAUGAAAGCCAUAAAUCAGUACUAUUCUUAAUUGCCAGCAAUUCUUAGACUUCAAUAAAAUAUUGGUAUCAUAAAAAAAUGGACGUUUUUACCUGAACAUGGUUUUCCGGUAUCAGAUUGCAACUGGUUUUGUAUGCAGUCCCACAGCAAAAAA